AUGUCAUUCAUAUUGACGGGACUCGUCCUGGUGGCAAGCUUGAUCGUCGUCACUGCGUGGUCGAGCGCCAAAGGGUCGCCACUGGCUACGAUAUGGAAUAUGGUAGCGAAGGCAGCGCCGUCGGCUCCGGAUGGAAGAGCUGAUGCCGUUCAGUCUGAUGCGAAAUCCUCCAUAUUCCACGACCUGAUCCAUCUCGGUGGCAAGAACACCAGGACUAUGGUCCAGGCGUUCAACACAAUUGCUGCUGGGGAGCCACUGGACGAUAAGAAAUGGCUACUCGAACAUGGUGUUUCCAUGCUACAGUCUCUGCCUCGCAACAGCGGAUUGAGCUCGAAGGUUUCUGGAGGCUUCAUCAAGAUGCUGUGGCGCGAUCUACCUCAUCCUCCAGCGGCUCUGGCCGGCCCCGAGAACCGCUAUCGUCGUCAUGAUGGUGGCAACAACAAUCACUGGGAUCCUGAGAUGGGUAAAGCUGGUAGCCCGUACUGUCGGAGUGUGCCACCAGUCAAAGCGAAGGGUCCUAAUCUGCCAGAUCCAGAAUUGGUAUUCGAAAAGCUUCUGAAGCGGAAGGGUGCAUUUCGGCCACAUCCUUCAGGACUCAACCGGCUCUUCUUCUCUUUCGCCACAGUGGUCAUCCACGAAUGCUUCCAGACAUCACGCGAUAAACAGUGGAUCAACGAAACAUCGAGCUACGUUGACCUGAGUACGCUAUACGGCAACACUAUUGACCAGCAGAAGCACAUUCGCACUCAUCAGAAUGGUCUUAUACAUCCUGAUGCAAUCGCAUCGGAGCGGAUCAUGCUAAUGCCGCCUGGUGUAAUAGCAGUACUCAUCAUGUUCUCACGCAACCACAAUGAAAUCGCUUAUUCUCUGUGGUCUGUCAAUGAAGAUGGUAAGUACGGAGACUGGGACGAGUUGUCGCCGGAGAAGCAACGGGAACAGGACGAGGAUAUUUUCCAGCUGGCUCGCAACAUCAAUGUCGGCUUCUUCGCUUCUGUGGUCCUCAAAGACUAUGUGGCCGCCAUCCUAAACACCCCUCGGGCGAACUCUGAGUGGUCUCUCGACCUUGGAGGCGAAAUCAAGCUGAGAGGUGACCGCGUCGAACGCGGCGCCGGCAAUGUCGUGUCCGUUGAGUUUGCUGUACUGUACCACUGGCACGCAGCUCUGAGCUCCGCAGAUGCUACCUGGAUGGAAGAAAUCAUCAGGAAGAAUAUACCUGACUUGAAGUCGUUGGAUGACAUGACACCAGAUCUAUUCAAGAAGCUCAUGCACCAGGAAGGUGGUCGUCUCUUCUCGAUGCCUCGCAAAGAAUGGACUUUUGGUGGUCUCAAGCGGGGCCCUGAUGGCAGAUUCAGUGACACGGAUCUUGGCAAAAUCAUCAAAGAUUGUAUUGAAGAACCAGCACACGCUUUCGGUGCUCACGGGACACCAGCCAGUCUCAAAGUUGUGGACAUCAUGGGCCAGCUUCAAGCAAGGAAUGUUUUCAACGUCUGCAGCAUGAAUGAAUUCCGCAAGUACCUCAAUCUGAAGCCUUAUGAGAACUUUAUGUCGUGGUGUGAGGAUGAGGAGACCGCUCGUGCGGCUGAGUUGUUGUAUGGCCACAUCGACAAUCUCGAGUUGUAUCCGGGCUUGCAGGCCGAGUGUACAAAGCAACCAAUGCCCGGUAGUGGAGUGUGCCCAGGACAGACAACCGGCCGUGGCAUUCUGGACGAUGCAGUAUCUCUGGUUCGCGGAGACCGCUUCUUGUCGCACGACAUGAACAGCAGCACUCUCACCAACUGGGGUAUGUCCAAACUUGGCUCAAGCGUCGCAGCUGGUAGCUACGGCGGCGUUCUGCCCACGCUGCUCUUCGCCGGUCUUCCUGGAGAGUUCACAGGCACAUCUUUGUAUGCACUCCUCCCGUUCUACACUCCAGCGGCAGCACAAGGCAUAGUCCAAGGAAACGGCGCCCUGGACAAGUACGACACAGAACGACCAGCAACCAAUGCCACCAAGAUCAUUGGCAUCCACACCCACGACGGUUGCAAGCAGGUCUUCUCUGAUCGGGACACCUUCCGCGUCAUGUACCAAGCUGCUAUUCGCAACUGUACGGACAAUCACGACUUCAUGAUCGGGUGGGACAACGCUCAUCGACACGAUGAGCGCUCCGCCAUACUGCAUAAGGUCUUCUUCGAGCAAGACUUCGAAGCAAAUGUCUCAUCCUUCUUCAGAUCGACUGUUCGGUCGCUCAUCGAAACCAGCUCACUAGCCUACGCCGGUUCAAGACGCUCCAUCAACAUCGUACGCGAUGUCUGCAAUGUAACGCCGAUCCUUUGGCUCGCCGAGCGAUUUGCUAUCCCUCUCAAGACCAGCAAGAAUCCCAGAGGCCUCAUUACACGAGCCGAACUCUUCGACCUGUAUCUGGUCUUAUUCAUGUAUCAGUCCUUCAACAUUCUGCCGCAAAAUGAAUGGAAGCUGCGCGAGGCAAGCAUGAAAGUCGCACCACUUCUGCGUGGCAUCCUACAUGCACACCUAAGCACGCAGACCGGCGGGUUGAAGGAGACCUUCACUGACUUCGUUGAGAAAGGCACCGCGUACGAAGUCGGUCCUGACGCUGAUCGACUUUACAAAUCUCUUGCGGCUUCCGGCCUCCCAUAUGGUGAUCUCGUGGGCGACUGCAUUGGAAUGGCGGCCCCUGUGGCUGGCAAUCUCACCCAGCAGGCCUCUCUCCUAAUCGACUUGUACCUGUCGCCUGGCUACGAGAAAUACAAAGCCCGUAUCAUCGAGCUCUCGCACCGGCCCGACCACGACAAAGACGCUCAGCGGGAACUGCUUGGUUUCGUAUACGAAGGCAUGCGGCAUGCAGGCGUUGUCCCCGGUCUGCCACGCGUUGCCACUCGAGAUGUGGUUUUGCAGGAUGGCCAGCGUGGAUCCAUAAGGAUUAAGGCAGACCAGACUGUACUUAUUGCUACGAGUCGCGCUGCGAUGGAUCCUGCUGCGUUCCCUAGGCCCGAGCUGCUGGAUCCGCAUCGCCCAAUCAGCAGCUACAUUCUGUUAGGCCACGGCCUCCAUUUCUGCUUUGGGGCGAGACUGGUUGCUCCGGCUCUGGUGAGUACACUAAAAGAAGUUUUCAGACUAAGGAACCUGAGGAGGGCAACUGGCAGGCAGGGCAAUUUCAGUACCUUAAUGCAUCAUGUCGCUGGCGUGAACAUGCGUGUGUAUUUGGAUGAGCAGAGUCGCGAAAGUCCGAUUCCGACGACGCUCACCCUGAUAUACGAUGCGGAGGAUGAGCAUGCUAUAUGA